UACCAUAGGUUCUUUGACUCGUCUAGCGCCUACUUUCCUUCUGCGUCAAGUCUACACAGGGCACUGUCAGGAUUCAACAUUGGCAAUACCAGAAGCAAUCUCCAUAUUCACUUCAAUACUAAACUUUGAUUGCUAAUUUCAGAACUGUAUCUCUAAAUCCAAGAAACCAUGAAAACCCAGGAAGAUGCCCAGCAACAGCACCCCCACGUCCAAGAAAAUGAGCAUAAUCAACGACUACCAGGAGAAGAAGAAGAAGAGCCGCAGCUCCAAGAAGUAGAUGAACAACGUAAUCACUCCAUCUCAAAUUCACCACCACUCACCAUGCACUACUCUUGGUCUUCACCACCUCCUAAACCCCCUCCUACACUCUCUUCCUCACGCUUUGAUUCUCCACCCGAUUCCACUUGUUCCUUAGAUCAUUCCUCUAUGUCUCAUUGCUAUGCAUUAUCUCCUCCACAAAUCAAACAAUCCAAGUACAAAUCUCCCCCGGAAGAUCAAAUCUCUCACAGUUAUGUAUUCUCAUCAUCGCCAGAUGUCAAAUCCGCAAAGCCUCCGUCUCCUCCUCCCCCGGCGGCAGCGGCAGCAGCUGCAGUGCAUGUUUCCAAGGUCGGGUCUGACGCCCAAGAUGAUGAGGUUGUUAAAUCAGCUGAAGAUGGUAUUACUGGUGGCGGUGGCAGUAGCAGGAGAAGGGCGAAUUUGUCAAUUUCAGGGAGGAAGAGGGAAAUUGUGAAGAGAAAGACUUUGCUGGGUUUUAGGUUUUUUGGUUUGGUUUUUUGUUUGGCUUCGUUCUCGAUCAUGGCUGCUGAUAAGAAUGAGGGUUGGGCUCUUGACUCUUUCUAUCGCUACAAGGAGUUCAGGUACUGUAUGUCAGUGAACGUGAUGGGUUUUGUGUACUCAGGCCUGCAAGCAUAUGAUCUUGCCUACUCUUUGGCUACCGGGAAGCUUGUUUCCCAGAAUCAGCUCCGUUACUACCUGGAUUUCUCUCUAGAUCAGAUUCUAUGGCUUGUAUUUGUAUUGGUGUUGAGGAGAUACUCAAUUGACUGGCGAAGGGGAUUACUUUCACUAGUUGGCAUUGUCGAAAUGCUUAAUGUCCAAGCAAUAUUUGCUGCAACUAAAGUGAGGAAUAAAGACACCUUUCACUUUUUCACUACAAACGUGGAUUAAGAAAGGUGUAUUUAAAGUGGCUUAGGAUGCAACUUCAGGCCCUUAACUUUAUAGGAUCAAGGUUUAGCAAUAUGCCACUUUUUGAUGCUUCAAAAUACAAAGCAAAAGAUACAGAAAAGGAACGUACUUUGAAUAGAACAUUUAAAGUAUGUUUCUGAUUGCUUAAAAGAGGCAAAGUUAUUGUAUCCCAUAGAAUGGAAUUCUGGGACCCUUGACUCUGAAAAAACAUGGUUUCUGACGGGAUAAAAGUUCUGAAAGUAUUUAAGAGGGAUAAUGAGGUAUCAAAGAAGUAAAGAGAGAACCUGGUGAAUUGUGGCAUAUAGGAGAAAGAUUUCCGUGAGCGUAUGGUGAAGGGUUUGCAAAUGGUGAAGGCUCUGUUUUCUCUUUUUUGAAGCAUGUGUGCUUCUUGAGACUUUGGUCGUCAAAUAAGACCGCGUGCUGAAAGUGAAAAAUAGAGUUUGAUGGAGAAAUGAGUAGGCCAAGAUGGCCCAGUCCUGAAGCCCAUCAAUGAUUUUUGCAGUAAUGCUGAAGCCAUUCCCAUCCCCCAUUUAUUAAAUAAAUAAUAAAUAAGGGCAGGUUAGUUUGACUUUGUAGGCUUGUAGCAGUUAAGAUGUAUAUGCAAAUGCAAUAAAUCAGGUGCUUUAAAUUUUCUUCUCCCUGAUUUGUAAUUUUCACCAUUUUGUAAGCUACUUUUAAUGGCAACUUAUAGUUAAGCUCCUGCUCAACUGCAGAGGUGAAGCCUUGAGCUCACCCUUGAAACUCUCAAAUGAAGAGAAGGACAAAGGGCCACUUUAUAAGUUCUACACUGUCAUUACUUGAUUCCACGGCUUAUUAUGUUGAUUGCUUGAGUAAAAUUGAGCUCUUUGUUUAAU